ACAUAGGCCAGAACAUCCUUUAAUCAAUACAUUUACUUAAGGGUUGUGCAUUAAACACUUGUACAAGGAAAAAAUGGGUGAUAUUGAAGGUUCCCCAGGGAGCUCAAUGCAUGGAGUCACUGGAAGAGAACCUGUUCUUGCUUUCUCAGUGGCAUCACCAAUAGUACUAACUGAUCCAACAGCGAAAUUUGAUUUGCCAGUUGAUUCUGAACACAAGGCCAAAGUGUUCAAGCUGUUUUCCUUUGCCAAUCCUCACAUGAGGACUUUUCAUCUUUCUUGGAUUUCCUUUUUUACCUGUUUCGUGUCCACAUUUGCUGCCGCUCCACUAGUUCCAAUCAUUCGUGAUAAUCUCAACCUGACAAAAGGGGAUGUUGGCAAUGCUGGAGUCGCUUCAGUGUCCGGAAGUAUUUUCUCUAGGCUUGUAAUGGGAGCAGUUUGUGAUCUUUUGGGACCGCGAUAUGGCUGUGCAUUUGUCAUCAUGCUUACAGCCCCAACUGUGUUCUGCAUGUCAUUUGUGGCAGACGCCAGUGGCUACAUUGCGGUCAGGUUCAUGAUUGGAUUCUCCCUCGCGACAUUCGUGACUUGUCAGUAUUGGAUGAGCACCAUGUUCAAUGGUAAGAUUAUAGGAACUGUAAAUGGCACUGCAGCCGGAUGGGGGAACAUGGGAGGAGGAGCCACUCAGCUGAUCAUGCCUCUUCUUUACGACCUAAUCCAACGUUUUGGAGCUACUCCAUUCACUGCCUGGAGGAUUGCCUUUUUUAUCCCUGGUUGGCUUCACGUGAUCAUGGGGAUCUUGGUGUUAACACUUGGUCAAGACUUGCCAGAUGGCAACCUUGGCGCUUUACAGAAGAAGGGUGAUGUUUCCAAAGAUAAAUUCUCCAAGGUGUUCUGGUAUGCUGUCACCAACUACAGAACAUGGAUAUUUGUUCUUUUGUAUGGAUACUCCAUGGGUGUGGAAUUGUCUACUGAUAAUGUCAUUGCUGAAUACUUCUUCGACAGAUUUGAUCUGAAGCUCCAAACUGCUGGGAUAAUCGCGGCUACAUUUGGCAUGGCUAAUCUCCUGGCUCGCCCAUUUGGUGGAUAUGCUUCGGAUGUUGCUGCUCAAAGGUUUGGCAUGAGGGGUAGGCUUUGGACUCUUUGGAUCCUACAAACACUAGGAGGCGUAUUCUGCAUUCUCCUUGGCCGCUCUAAUUCACUUCCAAUUGCUGUAACAAUGAUGAUUAUCUUUUCUGUGGGAGCACAAGCUGCAUGUGGAGCCACUUUUGGCAUCAUUCCUUUCAUUUCACGUCGAUCAUUAGGUAUUAUAUCCGGCAUGACUGGUGCGGGAGGGAACUUUGGUUCUGGAUUGACACAGCUUCUGUUCUUUACAAGCUCACAGAUAUCGACAGCAAUGGGCUUAACAUACAUGGGAAUUAUGAUUGUAGCAUGCACCAUGCCUGUGACAUUGGUUCACUUUCCUCAAUGGGGUAGCAUGUUUCUACCACCUUCAAGAGACGUUGUUAAAGGUAGUGAAGAACAUUACUACGUUUCUGAGUGGACUGAAGAUGAGAAGCAGCAGGGUAUGCAUCAGGGGAGUGUUAAAUUUGCAGAGAACAGCAGGUCAGAGCGCGGCCGUCGUGUGGCCUCUGCACCAACGCCUCCAUAUGCUACCCCCAACCACGCUUGAUGGCACAUGGGCAAGCAACAACACGAAGUUUUAGUGAGCUGGAAAUUUUUACGCAUAUUUGGAACGUUAUAGUGAAUAAUGAAGAAAAUGCUCCACCUCGCUCAGGAUCCGCAAACAUAUAUUCGACCGGUAAUUCAUUCUUUAUUUAUGCAUUCACUUGCGGGAUAUAUUUAUUAUACUAAUGCAAGUAUGCAACUAUUAGGGUGGUGGCUUUCCGAUCUGCAAUUACACCCGUUGAUCGUAGACUUCUGCCGAGAGUUAGUAGUUUAAUUCAUUAUCUUUUAAUACUUUGUUAUGAUAACCUCAUACAUGCGUACAAUUGGAGAUAAGUUAGUGAUAAGCCAAUCUAUGCUAAUGUAAAUUAUCGUAUUCUGUGUUUCUUUAGUCAAUCUAUGCUAAUGUAAAUUAUCGUAUUAUCGUGUACAAUUGGAGAGAUGCUCAAGGACUAUUCUGUACAAAUAUACAGAGAGAGGUAGUUUAGAAAAAUAUAAUAGUUUCCUCUUUUGUUAAUCGAAAGCUUAUUAUUUCUUCAUUA